CGCAGCGUGAUUGAUGAUUACAAGAGUGUGGUUUUUCUCGGGACAAGCUGACGUCGUAGCGUGAUUACGGUGUAAAAUGCUCGGAUAACGCUUUUCCUUUUGCGAGUAACUCUCUGCAAAAAUGGAAACUUUGUAAGUGAGCUAUAUGUGGCGAACUUUUCGUUUUAAAAGAUGGUUGUCAUGAUUUCACGUUUUUCCGAAAUCAGCUGCAUUUCGGCGCAAUACUCAAUGAGAGACAAUUCUACAAUAUUUAUACUACAGCGAUGGAUCCCCAGAUCAACAGACUCUUGCUAAGCGCAGAACAGGGGAACUUAGGAGUAGUUUCAGCACUUUUGGAUAAAAGUAUUCACGUUGAUUCGACUGACGAUGAAGGAGUAAAUGCGCUUCACACCGCUUCGGCGAACGGGGAUGAAAAAGUUGUGCGUUUGUUGUUGUCACGAGGCGCAAGUUUGGAAGCGAGAACUAUUUAUGGUUGGACGGCUCUCAUGCUAGCCGCUUAUUACGGACAUUACAUGGUCUGUUGGAUUUUAAUUCAAAACAAAUCGGACUUAUAUGCUAGAAAUGAGCUAGGUUCGACGGCUUUGGACUGUGCUGUUCGAAGUGGUCACGUACAAAUCGCUGGUUUGUUGAUCGAAGCAGGCCAGGUGAAUGGGCAGGUUGAGGGACCUCAGCUAUGUCUUGAUACACCUCUGAUGAACGCAGCUCAACACGGUCAUGAGGCGUGUCUAAAAUUGCUUCUUGAAAAGGGGGCAAACGCAAAUUGUAGACAAGAAACAACAGGUUGGACGGCGCUGAUGUUGGCUGCUUUGAAUGGACACAUGACCGCAGCAGAAAUCUUGGUGGAAUUCGGCGCAAACCCAAAUGCGGUCAAUGAUCUCGACCAAACUGCUCUUGAAAUCGCUGCACUUCGCCAAAAGACCGAAGUACAAGGAUACUUGGACAAAAUCACUUCCAAGAGACCGCAAAUUAAAGGUAAAACUCUUUUAAGUGUUUUAAUGUGUUUAAUUUUGAUUCAGAACAACAUGCGUUGUGAUUUGGUGAAUAGGCAUUGUGUCAAAACAAAACCCGGCGUAAAAGCGUAACGAGUGGGAAAUAAAUAAAAUAACAACUCAAUCAAAUGGUUCAGUGAGCUUAUUCAUGUGCCAGACAAUGCCAUAUUGCCCAGUAGUGAGGGAAUUUGUAGACGUAUUUGCGUGGAAUUCUCUGCUGUUUGCGUGCGAGUUCACUGCAUCAUUAGAAUCGUAAUGCAAUGUUUGAUAUUAUGCAAUGAUGAAAAUCAAUUCAGUAUUGAUUGUCGGUAUUUCUGCAUGAAUGUCCGCAAAUAACAGAAAACAACGUCUUUUUAGCCAGACUGUAUACGAUUUACGUUAUGUGAGCAUUCUUCGAGUGAUCUAUAUUUGUUUUGGCCAUUUUCCCCGGCACUGAGGCAAAUAUAGACCACUGCCAAUUAUGCAGAAGGUGCACUUAUUAUCUCCUGGUGGGCUAAUAUGGGUUUAAGCAUUAAACUUUCAUAACUUCGGUUUUUUUUCUGGUUGUUCAAGAUCACAGUAACUGGAGAUGUGUAGCAGUUGUCUUAAGGCUCUGAGAAUGGUCAAGAUUUGGUGAAAAUGCGAUAGAGAUUUAUUUAUUUUAAGACUUUGCUUUGUUUCAAGAGUGAUCAAAUUAAAAUAUUUGUACUCCACUUUUAAAUCUGAUAUAAUGCGAUGUAACUCAUGUGGCACAGGUUAAUGUAUGUCCAAUGGGGUUCACGUGCUGGUUGCGUGUUGAAUGGUACAGAAUAAACUCUGAAUGAAUCACCAAUGCAUUUAUAUCUAACCAACAUUUUUUGGGGAACAGCUCUAAAGGGAACAAAAAAAAAAUUACCUUAAAUGGAAGGAACUCUGAGUUAGCUAUUCUGAGAGUUGGAGAGCUACUUCAGGUAGUGAAGCAUUAUUUAUUUCUGGCUGUGCUUGGAUGUGAGUUUAUUGCAUUAAAAUAUUUGUGAUUCCAGGGUUAUGAAUUAAUUUGUUAAAACUUUUGUAUCAACAUAGUAGUAUGAAAUUUUGCCAGAUGUACCAAAGGUCAAUAUAAAAAUGUGAAAAAUGGGCAGAAUGUACAAAGUAGACCUAAGGUAUUUUGUCCAUAAUCGGAAGUGUUACAAAGUUCAGUCUAUAGGCAACUGACAAUUUACAUCUAGAGGGGGAGUUUUCUUCAAUCAUCUUGUGCAUUUGGAUCUGUUUAGUGAGAAAAACUGUUUAUUUUGACUGAAUAGUUAUUAGCUCAGCAGAAUGCAUCGUUCCUUUCCGUUUCCAUUUGAAAAUAUGUCAGCGGCCAAUUGUGAGAACUUAUUUGUCUAAUCCUCUCCUUCCUCUUUCAGCUUUUGAGGUUUACCACAUCCUUAAAAGUUCUUGCUUGUCUCUUGUUUCUUAAGAGAAAGUAAUUAUUAUCUUUUCUGUAUAAAAUCUGGCGAAUCCAACAAAUUGAUUAUUAUUUUUCUUCUCUCCGACUUCAAGUUUGAAAAUUGUUUAUAGCCUUAGUCACUAAACAGGUUAAGAUGUGUAAUUUAUUCAAUAUAAAGUUAACUAAAGAUUUAUCUAUACAACAACAAUUUUUCAAGUCAGAGAUGUUUGUCAUUUAACUUCAUGGCUUCUAAAAUCAUGGAGGCCUUCCAGAUCAUCUUAAAGGAAAGUCUGUGCUUGGCAGCAUAUCAAGCAAUUGUUUUCCUUUGAAGUGCUCAUUAGGUGCAUAAAUGCGCAAAACACACAAAAGGAGAAGUUAUGUGUGAGAGGAGAAAGUAAGUUGAAUGAAAUGGAUGUGUAUGCUUUUAUAGAGACAUUUUGUGAAAUUUUGCUAGUGCUUAAACUGUUUCACUCCCUUGAUAGUAACUGAAGCAGGAAAUGAUAUUGUUUGCAAGUAAUUUUGAAGAUGAACUUAGCAGCAUUACAUUAUAGUCACAUUAUAUGUGCAAUAUAAUUCCAGCUGCUAAUAGUUUUGACUCAGUAAAAAUUCUUAGAGUGAGGUGUUUUGAACAAAAUGUGUGACCAUUUGGGCAAGCUGGCUGGAGAAUCGCACUCAAAUUGUGCGAAUCAGCAGGCAUUGAACUUAGAUACUGUUUGUGCGCACUUAAAUGAAAAUCUUCUGGAGUUUGGUGAAGUGUUUAAUAAGUUUACUUGCCUGAACAAUAAGAAACAGACUUUUGAGAAGUUGAAGUUUCACAAACAUAGAGUCUUAGGAUUUUCAGUUGCAAGACAAUUGUUAGGAUUAGGGUAAUGUCUUUUGUUAUCUGAUCUUUCUAGUAAGGAAUGUUGGCAGUAAAAUUACUGCACAUGUGUGGCUUAGUCAUCAUUUAUUUUGAUUGACAGGAUGCUUGCCAAACAAAAUGUUAUCAAAAUAUUGUUUUCUGUGCACUCUUGGCAAAAUGUCAGCAAUCAAGUAUGAGCAGGUUUUCCUUCUUUCUCAUUCUUCGGAGGAUUUGCUUCACCUUGAAAGCUUUUGAUACUUGUUUCAUGCUUUUGAAGAGGAAGUAACAAGUUUCUAUGCCAUUGUUCAUAUAGGUUUUGUAGGGCUCUUGUAAUGAACUCCAUUAGAAAAACCACAUCAGCAAGGUUCACCUGAGCAAGCAUAAUUACAACAGGAUGUAAAAUGCCUUAUGAUAAGUAAAAUUUCCCAGCACGCAAAAUAUAUUAUCGAAAUACAUUAUAUGGACUCACUUGUCCAAAGGGCAGAUUAUGCUCUCAAAUGGAUAAAUUUCCAUCCAGCAGAAAUGUACUGCACCAUCCACUUGAUAGAGAUUUAUUCAUUGGAUAGUUGUAUCCACCCUUUGAAAAAACCAGAGGUGCGCUGUUUUGUCUGUGGGUCCAAGAGUCCAGAAAUAAAUACAUGGCACGUGAAACUUUUCAUCAGGCAAUCUUGUGACACUAUCGAUUGUUAAAAGAUAAGUGAAAUUUCCAAGGUAAAAGGUAACUCUGGAAGUAAUUGGGGUAGUUGAAUCUCAAAGGAGUGUUUUUUGAAAGAUUUGGUGUUUGAAAAAGUUUUAGAAAUUUGAGACAGGGAGAUGCUCUUUACCAUCAGGUUAACCCCACUUUGUCUUUUGCAAAACUUUAUCUGAUGCUCUUUUCAAUUUUAAAGUCAAAUAACAGAAGGUAUCAUAUUUUAAUUUAAUGGCUAAUGCAACACAUUAUCUGAAGCUCUUUCCAUUAUGGAACUUUUGUGGUCAAAGCAUGGAAUGUACUUGGAUAUACUUGUAUCUAUAAGUUAGUAGUGUUUGUGACCAGAGGGUCGAAUCAAACCCAAGGGACUUAAAACAAUCCAUUAACCCUUUCACUGACAACCAUAAUCUCAUUAUUAUUAUUGUUGUUAAUUCUCCUCUCCUUCUACCAAACAAUCAUUGUGAUGUUUGUUCUGAGAACUUGGUAUUGGAUCAACUAAUUAUCCCCUAAUUGAUAUUUGUCUAAUUUCUUAUCACUUGUUUGCUUGAUACUAUAUUGGCAUUAUAAGGAGAAAUUCUGGCUUGGUCACAAGGGUUAAGCGUUGAGUUAAGCUGUUAAGAACCAGAGAGAUUCAAGCAUUUUUAUAUUUACACAACAUGAACAAGGUUAUUGAAAAACCUUAAAGAACUCCCCGAGUGUUUUUUGUGGCAAAACAUCCUGGGUCUUGAAUUUCAAUCACUGAAACAUCUCCUGAAAUCUCCUUUCAGUUGCACUUGGCUAUCUUUGUUAUCUGUCUGGGUGUAGAAUAGGACUUUGAGUGAAGAAAGAUAAGAAACAGAAGAGUACAGAGGUGAGAGUGAAAAAAAAAAGCCUGACUGUUGGUGCAAAAAAUUAAAGAAUUGUGCUACAGGAAUGGCUUGAAAACUCUCAGUUAUGGAUAAGGGCUCAUGGCUUGAGCAAUCUUUGUUCUGCCAUUGUGUGUGUCAGCUGCUUUUAAGUUUUAUAAAAAGGCUUGGAAUUGAAAUUACCUAUAAGUGGAAGGGAACUAAGGUCUUUCAAGGGCAACUGUUACAUAUUUUCCCACAAUUGUGGUUUGGCUGAGUCUUUUGAGAUGCUACAGGACACCUCUGUGCUUCUAUUGGUGGCCAACAUUUCCAGAUUUCAGAGUGUUUAAAUAACUUGGCAUGUGGUAACCCAUAGUAAGAAAUGGAAGCAGAAAAAUAAAACCCUGUGUUUUUACAUGAGAGUAUUUUCUUUUAAUUUAUUAAUAGGAUUGAAAACUUAACAGAUUACCUCCCAAACUAAAAACUGCAUGAGGGAUGUUGGUUUUCCAAAUUGAUCUCCCCAUCAGAAAAAUAGAACAAAAAUGUGGUAUUUCUCUUUAUUCUCAUCACUUAUCUGGUUGAUAUUGUAUUGAUAUUGUAAGGAGAAAUUCUGUCUCAGUUACUCAUGGGAGUUAAAGAGUUAAAUCAAAUCAGACAAAUAUCAGGGCUUUGGUUUGAUAAAUGUGCACAGAAUUGUGAUACAUUUUGUGUCAAAUACAGGGAGAUUGUUUGGGAAUUGAUGUGUGGGCUGUGAUUCUCAUCAGCAGUUACUCUUUGGUAAUCACUUGUAAUGGAUAUGUGUUGGGAGAUGCAGUGGUAUAAAUCCUUGAAUAGCAUCUAAUUUCUCCUUACAAUAUCACCCCUGAAUCAAACAUUAAGGUUGCAAGAAUGAAGCAAAUGAUCACCAACUCAAGAAAACCUUGAUUGUUGAUGAAAUUCUCUUUUUUGGCACCUUACCAAAUGUAUAGAGAACAGUAUGGAGAAUAUUCAUCCAGGGCAAGAGGUACAGGUGCCAGACCUGGCUGGGUCAUUAUGUUAUGUUCUUGGGCCUUACACUUUAAUUACUUCCUAGCUAGAGCCUCUCUCUACCCAGGAGUAGAACUGGGUACUGGUGAAUGUUCCGGGGAGCUUGGUGAAAUAAUGGGGGGUAGGUAACUGGGGAUGAACUAGCACCCAUGGGGGGGGGAGAAACAUAGCAAUACUCCUAGUCACUUCAAGCUGCAGAAACAUCGUAUUAAACUGCAGCUGAAUGGGUCACUUGGCGAUUGUGCAAAGUACAAAUUGAAACCAUUAAACUCCCAACAUCCAAUUGUUAAUUCUUCCCUCUAGCUGCUACACAUUUCCUUGUAAAUUUGUUACAAUUGAGUCAGACUGAGAUAACAAAUUCUACCUGAUAAUGUUGAGUAUUCUCAUUAAAAGAAGUUACACGUCAAUCACUUCUGUCUGGAGUUUAAGGGUGAACCUAGCUUUUUUCUUUCAGCACCUGUAUACCUAUCACUCUCAUCUUUAUUUAUUUGCAGUUGAAUUAUAUGAUAUUCACAAAUUCACAAUUGUUCAAUCAUCACUUCACAUGUUAAUUAUGAACCAACAUAAUGACCAGCUCCCAGUUAGCCUGUUAGCUCAGUUGGUAGAGCACUGCACUGGUAUUGCAGAGGUCAUGGGUUUAACUCCUCUACAGGCCUGAAUUUUUUCAGGCUUUAUUUUCAUUGCUGCUUAUUAUAAGCACUGUUCAUUACUGUGAACAUCCCUCUCAUCUUUACUUGCACACCCAUUUAAGGAAGUAAUCUCAGUCCAUUUUUCCGGUUACUGUUUCAGGUCAAAAGUUUGUGAAACCAAGUAUUAUUGAAGCAGCCAGGAAUGGUAUGUACAUUCUCAUCUUUGUGCCCCUUAAUUUUUUUUUUCUGUAGGCUCCUUGUGAUCUAUUCCUGUAACCAGAUUCAUUGUUCAGAUGAUAUUUUGGUCAGUUUUGCAAUGCCCAGUGGAAAUGCACUUUAUAUACAAACCUCUUAAUGGGGUGGAUAAACAAGAUUUAAAACAAAGCAUUCUAGAUAAUGUAACACUAAUUUUUUUCACCUCUGUAAAUAGGUUAAGAAUUAUUACUAUAAAUAAAAUGACAGAUACCCUGAAUGUCUAGUUCUUCUUUUUGUUAUCAUCUAAACUCCCUGAAAUCUUUGUUUUUCUUUUCUUUCUUUACUCAGGUAAUUUUGCAUCUGUCAGAGAUUUAUUGGAGGAAGGCGAAGUUGAUGUAAAUGCAACAGGUGAGUAUACUCCAGUGCUCUAUGCUUUAACCCCUUUGAGAAUUUCUUUUCCCUGUUGUACUUAAAACAAGCAAGAACAUUUUAUUCACUGGAUGUAUUUUCAUUUUCCCCCAGUUCAAAUUAUUGGCUGUGCCCUGAAAGUAGCCAACUGUUUUGCUUCUUCUUAAUUGGAAUCUGUAACUAAUUUAUUGUUUUCUGGAAUCGAUUUCUUUCACGUUGUGAUAUAUUGUCCUGUAAAGCCUUACAUGGGAGCGGUCUAUGUAUCAAUGAGAUUAUGGACGUGAGAUUUCCUUCCUGUGGUAGUUGAUAAGGAUGAAGCUUAUUUUUGUAAAUAAAUGAUCUAUCACGCAAAGAAAUUGUGGGUAAAUAAUCUCAUUGAGUAAGUUUAAAUCUCCUAGUCAUCUAAAACUUACCAUAAAUACAAACCCCAGGAUAUGCGGUUGUAUUUGUUCACAGCUGCACAUUGACAGGCAACUCACAUUAGUCACAGUUUAUCAUGGAUUAUAUCUUAAGCUGAAUUAAGCAUGUAUUUUGAUUGGUUCAUACUUAAGAUCUCAUGGAGGACAGGCACCAUCAUCACUAACAAAUUUUGCUGUGUUAUCCUAUGAAACAAAUAGAUUCUAUGUUGCCGUGGGUCUGUGCAGUAAUAGAUCACAUCAGAACAAUAUUGACACACUGCUGUGCCUUGUGUGCCACAUUUUUUUCCGUACCACGUUUUCGUAUCAUCUCUGAUCAGCUACCAAGUAGGUGCAAGGCAACAUGGAAUCUAUUUAUUGAAUAGAUAGCCAAUCUGACAAAAAUAAUUGUGACGGAAUGCUGGCAGCUAACUACCAUACGUAAAAAUCUUCUAGCAUUCUAUUGUAUUGCUGCAAUCUGAUGGGCUAAGCCAUUCCCUGCUAUCUUGUUUUGUUACUGUAUGGGUUUUUGUAUCAAAGAUGGCCCAUGCUCUAUGAGAACUGUUUGGACGUGCAUUUUUAAGAAGAAUUUACAGUAUAGGGAUGAACAAAACAUGGUAAAAAUUCUGCUGCGUGAGAAAAAUCCAACUUGAAAAGUUCAAUCAUGCAAUUGUGUUGUUUUUAACAACAAGUAUUUGUUUUCUUGAGGAAACCAUUUCCCAGCCCAUUGUGAUGAGGUUUAGAUUUCAAAUUACAGCCACAAAUAAACUAUUUAAAGUGGAAGCCGGUUGAGAAUAGCCAGCUGAGGAUAGCCAGCUGAGAAUAGCCAGCCAAAGGAAAGCUGCUUAAUUUGAGAUUUUGUGAUUCGAAUAAAAAUAGUUUAAAAUUUUCACAUGCUUGGUGAUAAAACUUUGAAUUCAAAAUGCAGAGCUAUCAUUGCCAGGUUCAGUCAUGAAAAAUUUACAAAUUCACGGCAUUUUCAUGAGAUUAUGAUGUUCCAAGUUCUUGUUUGGCUCAAGCUAACUAUUUCUGUGUUUCCUUCUAAUGAUAUGCAUCUGGUUUUAUGAAGCUUAGUAAAUGUCCUGUCUCUUGUGGCUCAUAUUUCAGAUGAUGAUGGUGCCACUCCCCUGAUGUAUGCUGCAAUGGGUGGACACUUUCCAUCUGUUCAGUUACUGAUACAAAAUGGGGCUGAUAUUGACAAGCAAGACAAGGCCAGUGGAUGGACGGCAUUGAUGCAAGCAACUUACUAUGGGUGAGACGAACUAUUUUUUAGCAUCUGAAGGUGAUUGGCCAAUCAGAAUCCUUACAAAUGGACUCUGAACUGAGUUAAAGUAGUAUUAGUGACAUGGUUUGGGAGACCUAAUUGUUUAUCUUUGUAAGGGUUUAGCAAUUUUGAUUGAUUACAUGUCCACAGAAACCUGCUGUUUUUCAAAGAGUGGCUUUGAUACUUUGAAAUGGUUUUGGUGUUAAUGGUAAAGAAGAAAUGAUCAGGCAGUUGUUUAGUAAAACCAUAAAAUAGACUGUCUUCAGCUAAACCCUUUUAAACCCUAAGCAUGACCAGCAUCUAAUUUCCCCCUAAUAGUAAUACUGCGGAGUCUUUCAUUAAGAACAUGUGAAAAAAAGGAAAUAAUUGCCAACCUAAGAAGCUUUGAUUGUUAAACAAAUUCUCCUUGUCAUUACCAAAUGAAACAUAUGAAGAAGAGUAUGGAGAAUUGAGAUGUUGAUGUUGAUGUUGAUGUUAAGGUGUAAAAGGUUAUAAGUAAUUUUGCUUAUAAUUAUCUUAAUGUUGAUGUUUCUCUCAAGUAUUGAGAAGGCUCAUGGUCAGCUCCUGAGGAACAUUUACCUCAAACCGUCCACUUAUAGAGAAAUAUUGAAGUCCACUGAUUGUCUACAACCAUCAUGGCUUUCAGAAAACAUUGUUCAAGAGACUAGAGUAACCAACCUAAAAGUGUUUGCUGCCAACUAGCCUGCAAGCAAGCUGUGGGAAGGUUUGGGAUGAGUUGGGUAGAGGUUUACUGAGAGUCAGGCUCUGACAUUUUCAGUGUUAGACCUUUUGCAGACCUCUUGUUGGCUGGUGUAGCUUGAGGAUUCAUAAUUUCCCACAGAUGAAGGAACCCAUUCGCUUACUUUUUUUUAACUGUUCUUGCCAGUACAGAUCACCUCUUGAAAAUAAAAAUUCAUGUCAAUUGUUUUGUAACUAUAUAAUUAUGGCACUUGCUUAUUCAGAAGGCAUUUUUGUUACUUUUUAGGCAUAAAGCUGUUGCUAAGCUAUUGAUUGAUGCUGGAGCCAAUGUGAAUAUUCAGGAGAAAAAUGGUUGCACUGCUUUUGACAUGGCUACUGUCAUAGGUGAGUGUGAUAAACUGUGUGAGUCUGUGCAUGGGAGAAGAAACUGGCCAUCAUAAGUUUGCCAGUAGCGUUAAGUUGUAAGCUAUCUAUGUUCAUGUAGGCAGACCAGCAAUGACAUAAGUCAAGAUAACUGGAAAAGCCAGAGUAUGGGUAGGUGAGGUCUCUUAGUGGCAGUGGACCAAUUGUACUGGUUCAGGUUUAGGUUUGGUUCAGGUUUAGGUUCUGUUCUGGUUCUGUUUCCUGAACCCAAAGGCAACAAGGAGUAUGAAGCAACAAUGAGGAAGGUAGCACUGCCACGUGGCUAGGGCAUGGAACUUGUAAUCUGGUGGUGCCAACUGGAUUUGUUCUUGGUUGCCCUGAGUUUAACUCUUUGGCUGCACUGUGCAAAUAGCCAGCUGGUCUGCCUCCUGCCUUUUGAGAUUUUCAAGUGCUUUUGUUUGUUUGAAAUACUUGUUUCUCUCUCCUUCAUAUUAUGAAGUGUUUAUAGGCUUGCAAUAAGUGCUAUAAAUUGUAAAUUUGAUUUAAUUUAAUCUAAUUGAGUAUUGCUGCUCCCUCUGAAUGAGACAUUAACCCUGAACAUCCCAGCAUCAGGAUGCAAAUUAUUUAAUAUCUUAAUUCUGUUUCCUAUGGUAUUUACACCAAGAAUGAAAGAAUAUAGUGAUGAUUGAUUGAGGGGUGAUAUUGUUGGGAAAAAUUAGAUGCUUAUCACUGUUAUGGGUUAAAGGACAAAUUGAGGGUGUCCCUGGGUACUCACUGACCAAUGUUCAUUUUGUUACUGAAUGAAAGAGGUUCUGUGAGAAUGAAGUUUAUCACUAAAGUUUUGAGCACAGCACACUUAUCCUGGCCAGGGCUUGACCUGAGAACUCUUUCUUGGAAAUGCAGAGGUAUCAAAAAUAGGCAAAUUAACAUAUUCCCCUCUUAAAAAGUCUGCUAACAAGAUACUAGUAUCUGUGUUUAAUAUGUUGAGUAACCAUAGUGAUAGAUAGGCUAGAGGAAACAUGGACUGCAAUACUCACAGGUAGGCAGUUUGCUCAGUCCAGAAUUUAUCUUCAAGCGGCAUGUUUCAAUUCUGAUAUAAUUCUGAUUGAAAUGAUAAUAUUUAUCUUUCAGGUGAUACAGAAAUCUUGCGUCUAUUAGCUUCUGUGAGCAUGCAUGUUCCUGCUACCCCAAAACGUUGUAAGUAAUUUUAUGUAAUCCUUAUUAACAAUAUUAUUAUUAAUUGUUAUUGCCAGAAGUAAUGAAUACAGUUCAGUUGUAUCUUCUUUGAUUUUUUGAGUUUGAGUGAAACACAAUGGAAGCCUUGUGGGUGUGGCUAAAGGUUAUCCUGGUGUUCCUGUGAUCCCUCUUGAAUAAACCCCUCUGUCAAGAUACAAAAAGCAAAACUCUAGAACAACCUUAUCAAAAUGGUGAUACACAUAUGGUUUCUAUAAUCUCUAAGACAAAAUAAAACUUGUUACAUUUUCUUUGAGAGAGGUGAUAUUAACAAUAUGUUUUCUCCAUAAAGAAAUAAUCUUCAAGUCUACUCUUUAAGGAUAGUGUAUAAUUAUCAUAUGAUUAUUUAAUUUUUUUGAUUUUGGAUUAAAUGUGUUGUUUGUAGCAAGUAGUUUAUAAGGUUGGCAUCUCUGGCAGUAUGGUUGCUGCAAUUGGUAGAAUAGGGAUUUAGGCCAUGAUACUUUUUAUUAAUUUAGCAUGUUCGUGGUUAUAACACACCAUGAAACCUCAUUUCUUCUCCUUCUCCAUCUAAUUAAUGCUUUAACUUUCAGAUCAAAUUGGUGAUUCUCCAUACAGUCGACCAUACAAUUCUUAUAAUGUUCAAAGAAUUUAGUAUUGGAUCCACUAAUUAUCCUUAAAUUGAUCUUCUUCUUUACUCUCAUCACUUAAUAUCUGGUUGAUAUUGUAUCGAUAUGGUAAGGAGAAAUUCUGUCUUGGUCACUCAUGGGAGUUAAAGGGUUAAAGGAGAGAAGAUUCUUGCCAAAUGCCAAAUAAAUUAAGUGCCGCUGCUCCAACAGCCUCAUUCAGUAUUUAAUCUGCAGCUGAAUCAAAGUUACCUUUUGUUAACUUCUUGCAAAUAUUUUUGUACCAGAUUACAGCUCAUCAAAUUUGUAUGGGAGGAAAGGGAAGGGUGAAGGAAAGGGGCCUGUCUGUGAAAUGAACAAAGACAUGGCUAAUGUGGACAGGUGAGAUAACUGAUAAGGAUUUUUGAUUGUUCCUAGCAGAAUCAUGUAAGAAAUAAGAAUGUGGGUUAAAUUAAACAUUUAAUCAUGCAGUCCUGUCUCAAUUAUUUUUGGAUAGAAAAGAAAAACAUUACUCUCUUUUAACAGAACAAUAUUUUAUCUUUUUUCAGUGACUUCAUUACAGACACUGGAAGGAAGGUAUUAAUCAGUCACUAUAGAUAAAAGUUAGGGUAAUUUGGGGUCUAGAUCUCAAAUGGGAUCUGACAAGUUAAACUAACCAACUAGCGAUUAAACUAACCACUAUACAAUUUUUCAUUCAUUAAUUAAGUUGCCUUUUCUUGUCAGUAAAGGGCUAUUGUGUUUAUAUGAUAAACAAAAUAAUACAUAGUUACUUGUAGAAAUGGAAUUUCUCUUCUUGUGUUCAACUUGAUGUCCAUUCAAUCGUGGCACCCACUUGUGAGCUAUUGAGUUGGACACUCAAAGUGAAAUUCCAUAUCUAUGCACGCCCAUGUAUUAUUCUCUAUUUAUUAAAUGGGUUGUUUUAGGAGGUGUGGUUUGAGAGAGAGGCUGUUAAACGUACAUUGACUUUACUUGCUGGUUAUAUAAUUCAGUCACUUACCCUGCCUUUGUCCUUGACACAUGUCAGACAGUGGAAGGUCACACUGCUAGGCACUCUUUGAAGGUUUUGCUACUGUAAGUGUCCUAGCUUAAAAAAAGAUUUUCUAUCCCUAGAACUGGUGGUCUAAAAUGUCAAGUAGAUUUCGGCACCUGAACAUCAAGCGCACUCUCAAAGUGUCAUCAUCAGGCAGCAAGCUGCGCAUAUCACCUGCAUCAAAUAGUAUGGAGAGCCUGUUUGAUAGUGACUCUGGUCAGGGGUCCUCAUUCAGUCAUGUUAGUGAUAGUUCUGCAAUUACAUUGAAGUCACUGGAUUCAGGUUAGUGCAGCAACAAUGUUCUUAUUGCUUUUUAUUCACCUCUCUGACUUGUAACUUUACUAUCAGUUAUUCUUGCUGCCACAUGACCUUAAAUUCAAAGUCAACUGGGAAUAAUAAUAUUCUCAGAGGAUAUAUUUUGCCAUGUAUAUUGACUGGUCUGUUUGGUGUUAUUGUGGCUCAAUUCACUGAAAUGAAAAUCAAGACAUUAGUGCUUCUAACUGUCGUUGCUAAUUGUUUUCGAAAGCUUUGUAUUUAGCAAAAUUAGGCUGAAUUUUGCACAAUCACUUUACUCACUUUGCACACCAGUGAUGCUAAGCUGGUGAUUCAUUUGGUGAUUUUAAACCAUGUGUCAGAUACAGAUGAUACUACACAUGGAUCAUGAUGAUGAGUCAAAAUCUCUGCUCCUGGCAUACCAAGCCGCUGUUGUCAAUUACUAUAUCCUGCAGAUCAAAUCUCCUGAUGUGUCGCUGGCUUUAAGUCAUAUUUUCGUUCUAAUUUUCAUUUUUUCUUAUUUUGUUUUAUUUAUUAGUUAUUACAGAAUCUGGGCUAAAAGGCACGACACAGCUUAAUUUGAAAAGACCUCCCACACUGGUGAGAUCUGAUAUAAAGUUAUUUACUCUGUGUUUGGGUAAGAAAUUGUGAAAAAGCCUUUUGACUGUCAGUUGCCAAUGGUUGAACCAGGUUACCUGACUGCAAGGUGGUAACUUUUAAUUUAGGAAAAGUGAGCAUAACAACUGGUAGCUUAGAAUUCUCCAUAAAAGUGUGCCAUAUUCAUUUAAUUAAAUGCUACUCUCAAAUAAACACCCCCUUGAUUAAAAGCCACCAAUUGAAGAAAAAUUUCAAACAGAAACUGCACCCAGUUGGAUGAAUGCUGACUAAGAUUUUGAUAAGGGUUUUAUGAAUUCCCUGUUACCACUCACCUGAGUUGAGAUGAUUAAUGUUUUCAAGGAUUAUUGUCAGUGAAAGAUGUACAUAACUGUUUUGCAGGCACUUGUGUCUCACAGCAACAAACUGCCAGAUGACGUCAUUGGUCCUGUUUUGCCUCCAAUUCUUCCUUCCCCCUCAUUUGAAUUGCCUAGAAUACAACGGCAGCAGCACAGUAACAGUUUGGAUGAUCCAUCUUUGCCUGAAAGGCCUGUAAGUGCAUUUUAUUUGAAGUUUUUAUUCUGCUUUUAUUUCAAAAUCUGCAGAUAGUAAAGUAUUUUGACAUUGCAAGUUGAUGUGUCCUUAAAAUUCAAUUGUGCUUAUAAGUGCUAUAUUACCAUGAAGCACAGUGAUUGUGUAUUUUUACUGACAUGUGGCAAUAAGAAUUUCUCUUUACACAACAUGACUACUAUGUUGAAAAUGUUAUAAAACAACUUAAUUGUUCUUGUAUCAGCCUUGCAUUCAUCAAAUUAUGAUGCACCUGUUAGAAGUAACUACGGGUUGCUCCUGUGCUUUCCAAACCUUGCAGUUUCUCUAUAUUUUCAUGAACACACACUACUGCAUCAGAUGUUUGUUAAAGCAUAAUCAUUACUUAAAAUUUUAAUUUUUUUAAAUCAUUUCUUGUUAUUUUAUAUACAGUUAUAUAUUAGAUAGGUGAAACAUUUGUAGUUUUCAACUGUGCUCAAGCAUGCAGUACAGGAAAAACAUAUCAAAUUUAUCAACAUUUUACUGAAAAUUAAAAGAUAGUUUAAUACAGUAAUUGAUUGAAAAAAAAUGAUGAGGAGACUAAGGAAACAUACUGAAAAGUUUGAAUUUUGAUAAUAUACAUGCAUGAUUAAAAUAACUUGUAAUUCUGAAUGAAUCUAUUAAGUAAAGUAAUUUACAGCUAGCAAUUAAAUUAAAUGAAGUAAUUUCUUGCACUAGGAGAGGUAUGGUGGCCUGGUGUUGAGUGCUUGGACUCUGAAGGAAAUUGUGGGUUUGAACCUUGAUUGGGUCAUUGUGUUGUGUUUUGGCAAGACAGUUGAUUGUGAAAGUGCUUCUCUCCACCUAGGAGUAUAAAUGAGUACCAGCAAACUGUCAGGAGAACUUGAAAAAUGUUGUGUGGUAGCCCUGAAUGGACUGACAUCCAGGCUGGGGGGGGAGAGAUGCUCUAAGUUGCAUUAUGCUACUAAAAUCUGGAUAAUAAGGUCCAGCUGGAUGAAACCAGAAUCCUCUAUCUUGUAAGUGGAAAAGGUCCAGUAGGAUGGAUCCUGUGGCUUGUAUGUAAAACAGACCUGUAAAGUUUUGCUACAUGGACCUGGCUUGUAAGUGGAUAAGAUCCAGUAGGAUGGACCCUUUGGCUCCUCAAUUUAUAAGGUUCAGUAGGAGGGCCCCUUUGGCUUGUAUGUAGAUAAGGUCUUGCAGGAUGGACUCCUUGGCUUUUCAGUGGAUAAGGUUCAGUAGGAGGGACCCUUUGGCUUGUAUUCAGAUAAGGUCUUGGAGGAUGGACUCUUUGGCUUCUCGGUGGAUAAGGUUCAGCAGGAGGGACCCUUUGGCUUGUAUGUAGAUAAGGUCCAGUAAGAUGGACCCUGUUGCUCAUAAGUGGAUAAGAUGGACAUCCUGGCUUCUAAGUAGAUAUGGUGUAGCAGGACAGACCCUCUGGCUUGUAAAAAGAUAAGGUCUAGUAGGAUGGACCCUCUGGCUGGCAAGUAAAUAAGGUUCAGCACAACAGACUCUCUAGCUUUUAAGAAGUGAAGAUCAAGUAUGAUGGGCCCUCUUGCUUGGAAAUGAACAAUGUCUAAUAGGGUAGACCCUCUGGCUUUUUUUUUUGUAGAUAGGGCCAGUAAGAUAGACCCUCUGGCUCAUAAAUGGAUAAGGUCUGGUAAGGUGGACCUUACAGCUUAUAAAUGGAUUAGGUCCACUCAGAUUUCUUGUGUUCACUCAGCCAUCCCUGACUAUAUAAUAAGUGAGAGAACUAAAUGCAUGUUAUCAAUAGAUAAUUUAUCAUAGCUUACAAAAAAUUUCUCUGAAUUUAAAGACUAAUAUUCUCAGUAGUCAUGUUAAAUGUCACUAUCUUUUUCAUUCAGGUACCCAGUCUUUGUAUUAAUGGUGAAUGUAUUCCAGACGCCCAUGAAAAGUAUUUUGAAGAUGAUCUGGAUAACAUUGUAAUCUUUUUAAUGAUUCAUUUAUUCAUAAAUUUUAAAUUGUUUUACUUUAAUCUAGUUCUAAAAUUUGAUGCACUCAGACCUUUUUUAUUCACAAAUGUUACUGUUAUAAGUUUGACUGUAGCUUAUUUUGUUAAAGAAAAUUUAUCUAAAAUUGAUCUAAUACAAAUUUCAAGAUAACAUUUCCUUUUCAACCUUGUGACCAUUGAUAAAACGUUACUCUAAAUACCAGUCUUCAAUUACAAUUUCACCUUCAAUGUUUUUUGAAUAUAUAUGGAAUGAGAAAAUUGUAGAUUAACUUUUAAGUAAGAAUAUUGUUAUAUAGACCAGUAGAUAAUAAGUAAUAACUCUUUGACACUGGGGAAAAACCAUUUAAUUGUACCAUUUAGCCUGCUGAGGAGUUUUGAAUAAUUGCCUAUGUUGCAUCCAGAAAUUGUCAGGGGGGUGUCACAAGAGGGAUACUCUCCAAGAAAUUCAUGAUGUUGAAGUAUGAUGGGUUGUCAGUAAUAAAGGUCUGGGCCGGGUUGUCCAAAGCUGGGUUAAGAUUACCAAGGGUUAAUUUGAAAUUUGAUUUCAGAUCUGAAAGCUUGGAGAGCAAAUUCAGUUUAUUUCUUUUUUAGUACAAUUUGAUAAUUGAAUGCUCUAAAAACGAUGGGUUAAGUUAUUCCAAAAAAAGGCUUUUGAACAGAGAAAUAUGGAAACAUGGAUUAAAAUUUAACCCUGGGUUAGCACUAAUUGGCCUUUGAACAACUGGGCCCUGGUGUUUAGCCUAAGAGAAAAUAGUUCCCCCCUGGCUCUGGAAAAUGAAUUAUUGUUUCUAGUGGCACUUCUUUCUUGUUUUUUUCAGAGUAGUGUCAGUGCAUAUCCAGCUUACAGGUCACUUAUGUCUCCAACAUUGGCGAAAAGUAAGAACUUUACUGGAAGUCCAGAAUCCUCAUAUUCCACAGCAAGCUUCUACUCAUCAAUGUCCAACAACUCAGGAUCAAGGUUAGCUAAAGCUUUAAAUAUCUUAAAGGUGGCUUCAUUAAAAAGGUUUCAUUCCAACUUGAAAGAAUGAGGCUGCAUUUAUUGUUAUCAAAAAAUUGAGACCUGUAAAUGGAAUUCAGUAUUGCUGGGUCUCUCUUCUUUCUUUCCCCAAAGGGUACCCUAGUGAUGGGGGAAGAUGUGGGAAAAAAAGAUUCUUUGAUCUGGGUUGAGAGGAUCCACAAUUAAAAGUGAGAGUAUUAGACCCACUCUUGAGGCCUGCCUUCUCUGCCCUAAUUUUACAGUGUUUCAGUUUCAAGGAAAGCACACCAUUUGAAUUUUUUUCUUACAGGACAUUAAAGGCGUGUAGUCCUGCCAUUGAUUUGUCGUUUAACCCCAUGUCUGCCAUGUCAUCGUCACUUUGGCACAAGGCAGGGAGAGGAACUGCAGCCAGUCCAACCCCAACAGUCAUGACAGUCAGAUCAGCCCCAGUGGAGGGAACAUCUUUACGUAAAGAAUUAAGUUAUUCUUCUCUACAAGGCCAUGCUGAUGAUACAAGCAGAUCAUUUUCAUCUUAUUCAAGAGAUCAUUACCCUUAUAGACAUACAUUCAACCAUAGUGAAGGUACCUUAUUCUUAAGAAGUACCAUAAAGAUUUUGAUUUCAUUGUUUUGAUUAUUUUGUAUUUUUAUUGUUUGGGAUCUGCUGAGAUCUCUGAGAUAUUUGUAUAUCUUUUGAUGCAAUCUGUUCCAUACACCAAAAGACAAUGGAAUGAAACUUUUAACAAAUGGUUUUGCCCAGGGGAAUUUCAUGGCAAGAGAGAAUUUUUUAUCACCAUAUGAUAUUUCUUUCAGGUGAUGUGGAAAAUUUGCUAAAUAAAUUAUCAUUGGAGAAGUACCAACCAAUUUUUGAGGAACAAGAGGUAUUUAGAAAAUAAACAGCUAUUGUACAUUAUUUGCUUUAAAUAACUGUGUCCUUUAAAAUUAUAAUUUGAAAAGUUAAUGAAAGACAAAUUUUUAAACUCUUGUGAUCUGUAUAAAGUCAAUUAUUGAUUUUCAGCAUGUAGACAAACCCACUGCUGAAGUGUAGACCAAGUUGUAAUACACUGGGAAUUGACUUCAUUAUGAGACAAGCACUUAGUACUUAGUUACUGUUGUAUUUAACAACAUUGAAUAGCCAUAUAAACCUUUUGAUAAUAUCAACCUUAAAAAUGAUAAAUAUGUGUUAUUUUUGUUGCCUGUCAGGCAGCAAAUGACUUCAUCUUGUGAUUAACAAGAAACAUAUUUUAAUAUGGUACUCAAAAGUAACAACACAGAUAGAAGAAUGUCAACAAAUAAGCUUAUUAUCAUUAUUGUUGUUGUUGUUGUUAUUAUUACUAUAAUUAUUAUUAUUAUUAUUAUUAUUAUUAAUUGCUAUUAUGUUGUUGUCUACAUAGUUUUAACUUCAGUCACUUUUUGAAAAAUUGCUAUGAACUAUUGUUGCUAGGUGGACAUGGAGUCCUUUCUAACCUUAAGCGAUGGAGAUCUUAGUGAACUUGGAGUUACGCGGAAAGAUGCCAGACAACAAAUCCUUACAGCCAUUGCUGAAAUUAAAAGUAGCAAGGUAUAAAUAAAGGAAAAGUCUGCUUGGGGUAUAUCUUGUAGAGGUUAUCCAUAAGGUAUCCAUAGCAGGAACAACUAACAAUUCUUCUACUACCACCAUAGGGCAAAAUAAUGGGCAAAAUAUGCAACUGUAUUACACUGUACAACUAAGAAAAAUAUAUGGGGGGAAAUGAGAAAAUGGUCAUACUAAAAAUUUUUAAGAUUUUAUUUGAUUAUACCCAUACAGCUUGUCUUUUCAAGAAACAAACCUAUCUUUUUUGUUUGUUGUGUUGGACACCUAACCUUGUUUGAUUGUGUCAUUUUUGUCUCUUGGUGAUCAAAGGGAUUAUCAGAUAACAUCAUUGGAUAAAUUUCUUGUGGGGUUUUUUUUCAUUUUUUUUCAUAAUUUUCACUUAAAAAACAUCCUUAAGUUGUCAUGAAAAAGGAAAAAAAGGCAGAGCUUGAAAUCUGUUCUUCAAAGUAGUGAACUGUUGAAACAAUCAGAUUCUAAUUUGCAUUCCCACCUUUAUAGUGAAGCAGGAUAUUUAAACUCUGAUAGCUUUUCAGGAUUUGUCAGAUGAAACAGAUUUUUUUCUUGACCUUAAAAUGGAGAAAAUGACUCUAUUAUUAAAUUCAAGAUAUUCCAACACAUAAACAAUCUUUUUCAAGGGAUAUUGAUUACCAAGAACUUAAACAAAGAUAUCAAGAAAACUUUUAAAAGGUGAUAAAUGAUGUUCUUGAUUUGGUUUUAAUUUACAGGAUCGCGAGAGGCAACAUUUACAUGAAACUUUGUCCAGUUUCCAGGGGAGCAAAUCACAUGGUACAAGUGGUGAGUGAAACAUUCUUUUGUUGUAAGUUAUGUUACCUAAGGCUUUACUUACUUUUUUAUGUUACCCAAUGAACAUUUUGAAUCAAUGUAGAGGCAAAGAUUAUUCACAGAUUUACAGCUUCUUCUUUGACUCUGUUAUUAAAUGCCUAAAUUAUUUAAAUGGCCUUAUUCCAUAUGCUCCAAAGUUCUGAUGCACAAUAUUAAUCUUUCCUAAUGAUCCUUUCCCUAUCAAGUAGUUCAGAGAAUGUGUCAUGUAAUUCUUUAUACUGUUGGUUAGUUUAAAUUUGUAAUUGUUUUCUGGUCAAGGUCUUGACAUACUAGUUUUAAUCCAAAACACUUCUGGGAUUUAAAGGGAUGGGUGAAAAUUUUAAGGGGAAAAUCACUGUAUCAUUUACUUGUAAUGAAAAAAAAUUUAUUGCUAUCACUUUGGUGGGCAUUGUGGCGCAUUUUGUGAGCAAAAAAAGAGAUUUUGGAUUUUAGCCCACUCACACACUCACGUGAUUGUUCAGACUGUUUCGUUGUCUUUUUUUUCCAGUUGUUAUCUUCUCAAUGCCCUCCUAAGUGAUGAUACUAGUAAAUUAUAUACAAUUUAAGUCAAUGGGCAUAAAUUUGGUUUGAGCCACUCUUAGAGUCAUGCUAACCCUUGCCUAGCAGCUUAGGUUAAAAUGACUCAGAGUCAGCCCUAAUGUAUUUAUACCCAAGAAUGGAAACUAUACUGUUUUAUGAAAGCCUCAUAGAUUCUCUCAGUAGCUUUUUUAUUUACAUAAUGUUUUGUUAUUUUAGGUUAUAGCUCUGUCUCUCCUUCAGCUAGUGGAAAUCUUUCAAAUUGGCCUUUGAAGCAGCCACCUUAGUCACAGAUGAACAUGUAAAUUAAAUAGAGGAUGGUCCAUGGAAGUGUGUGGAUACAAAUUUUAUCUUGUGGUUUUAUAAUAUCUCUCACAAGUGAGUAAAUGACAGGCUUGAGAGAUAUUUGUGACUCAAUAUAAUAAAUUCAUAUCCAUAAGUGCACAUGUAAAUAAAUGUUUGUUAUGUAGAUAUUAUUAACAUACUUAAAUCAAACUCCAUUUUAAAACACGUUUUUAGACCACGAAAUACAGAGAUCAUCUACAGGUAAACUGAUCAUGAAGAACAGCUGGUCAACCUCUGGCAUUAAACAGAUUAUGCUCUCACUACAAGAAAUUGUUUUUUAAAAAAAAGUAAAAUAAUUGGAAAUGGAAUUUUUAGCUAGACUUUUCCAUUCUAUCAUUGGAAUUCUGUUGUUUAGCUAAAAUAAGAAUUGCAAGUGAAUGAGAACAACAACAACAACAAAUAUUCACCUCAAGUAUUGAAGGACAGCUUCACAUUUAUGAGUCUGAGAGGAAUUUUAAAGUCAUGCAAGGUACAAAUAAAUUCAAUUCCCUUUUCACAUAGCACAUAGUUUAAACAGUCACAAACAUGGUAACGCCUUUGUCUAAAAAUUAAAAGGUGGCACUCGUGCUUAUUUACUGAUUUAGUUGGGUCAGAUGUCAGUAUUCAGGUUUCAGAAAUCUGCGUAAUUUUUUCUACAUUUCAUCAAUGUGCUGAAUAUUUUUCAUUGCUGUAUGACCUUAUCAGUCAAUUAGCUUAUAUUAUUAAAUUGUACAUAGAACAAUAUUUUAAAAUGAAUUGAGCAUUAAGGGCUGUGCCCUUUUGCAGCAGGCUGUAUUUGCAAG